CACAGUUCUAAGAAUUUAUCAUCACGCGAUAGUAGACAAUUAAAUCUUACUGCUUGGUUGUUGAUUCUGUGUAUUAUAACGUGUAAUGUACAAACGCGUGAAAAUGACCUAUGAGAUUAAAAAUAAUUCGAAGUUAUUAUGAAUAAAGUUAAAAUAAUGCGAUUAAGAAAUAAAAAUGGAAUUUCCUUAUAAUUUUCAUCCGAUAUAAACUUUUAGGUUAUGUACUCUUCAUUUAUCUAAUGAUAAUUAAGGAUACUGAAUGCUUAAUGUUAAAUAGAUAAUUAUUAUCAGUACCUUUUGAAUUGAUAAAAAUUAUUCGAGUAAACAAUGGGAGUAGGAUAACUCUUAAUAAUAUUACUUUACUAAUACAAUGAAAUAUUUUCAUGUAACAAAAAUAGUUUGAUUUUAUGUAAAUAAGUAAUAAUGUCAAUAAUAGAUUCACAUCGAUUAACUAAACCAGAAUUUUUAUCAGAACAUGAACUCUGUCAAAUAUUAAAAAAUAGAUGUAUUGAAAUAACAAAUUUUGAAACAUUAUCUAAAACUGAAUUGAUAGAGUUAUACAAACGAGUUGCCAUGCCAUUACCCCAAAGACAACCUGGAGAUAUAAAUUGUAAAGAAGCAAAUAGAAAUAAUUUAAAUCAGAAGCCUGUGUCAAAAACAGAUCAAGAUAUAACAGUACAUGUUUCUAAUAAACAUGACAAUACAAAUACAACUAACUUACGUGAAAAGAAAAGAAGAGUAUCUCAGGGAAAUUUAGUAGAAUCCAAGUCAUUCAUGCAUGAAACUAAAUCAGUAUUGAAAAAAGUUCGUCUAACUUCUAUAUCAAAAGUAGAAACUGAUUGUAAUGGAAUUAACAAACAUGAAAGUAAUGAAGAAAAUGAAGAUUCAACUUUACCACCUACAAAGAAAAGGCAAAAAAUUACAUGGCCCUAAUUUCUAAUCAAUAAGUGACAUACGAACUUUCUUGUUUUAAUUUAAAAAACUUGAAAUUCGUUUAUAUUAUUGUAUAUUUUAUUCUUAUUACAAAGAAUUCUGAACGGUGUUUGCGGUAUUUUGACAGCUAAUAUAUUUAUAAGAAUAUAUCUUAGUGUUUUUCAUUGAUACAGAAUGCUUUUUUCUUAUAGGUUUAUCAUGUAGAAAUAAAUCUUUCAAUUCAUUGAUUAAA